AUGAUUGACACCACUUCUUACACGCUCUACGAGCGCUUUGUCGGUUCUUCCAUCAUCCUUCUCGACGUCCUGCUCAUCAUCUACUUCCUCAUCAUCGUCCCUCUUACACCCACAUGCACUUCUUGUGAUGAGCAGACUUACACAUUCACUCUUCCUUGCGGUGAUAGCUGGUGCCCCUCCUGCCUCAACGCUCACGUCGCUGAGUGCUGCUCUUCGCUCACUCGUUGGCCUAUUCGUUGUUGCUCCCCUCAACAAAUCUCUCUUCGUCAUGCCAAAUCCGCUCUGACUGCUAAGAACAUUGCCAAGGUCAGAAGAAGAGUUGGUAUUUGGGGUGUUGCUCGCUCUCACACUCUUUAUUGCGCCAACAUCUCUUGUCUGGCUCCCAUUGCUGCUAGCGCUAGCGGUGUUCAAUGGGUUGUUUGCAAUGGUUGCGGUGCUACUACUUGUUGUAGUUGCCGUGGUCAUGGCCAUAUUGAUGCUUGCAAGAUCACUAACAGUGUUCUCACUUGA